AUGGGGAAGUCUUUCGACCCAUCCAAGGAUAUUGGGAGCCUAGAGGGGAAGGUCAUCUUGGUCACGGGUGGUAACGCUGGGCUAGGCAAACAAACCAUUGCAUACCUCGCUGCCCAUAACCCUACGCGCAUAUACCUCGCCGCUCGUACCGAGUCCAAAGCCCGCGACGCUAUCACCGACAUCAAGACCAGCGUCCCGAAUGCCUGCGAAAUCGUGCAUCUACCACUCGAUCUGACAUCCUUCUCUUCCAUCGCAGACGCAGCAUCGACGUUCAAGAGCCAGGAAUCGCGACUUGAUCUACUCGUUAACAAUGCUGGUAUCAUGGCGUCCCCAUAUAGCACGACCAAAGAGGGUUAUGAGAUACAAUUCGGCACCAACCACAUGGGCCACGCGCUGCUCACAAAGCUCCUUAUCCCGACAAUGCUAGAUACGGCAAAGCAAUCCGGCGCCGAUGUCAGGAUCGUGAACCUGAGCAGCAUGGGCGAACGUCUUGCCGUAUCCAAAGGCAUUGAAUUCGACCAAAGAGCGCUCGAGAAGGAAAACACAUGGCGUCGCUAUGGCGCCUCGAAAUUAGCGAACAUACUCUUCGCUCGCUCCCUUGCCCUCGAAUACCCUACGAUAACAUCUGUGUCUCUACACCCUGGUGUUAUUCUGACAGACCUCUUCAACAACCUGCGCUCGAACGUAUUCUUGAAGGUCGGGCUAUGGAUAUAUGGACUAGUGGGCAUGAUACUGCCGGGUCAUUACCAGGGCCCUGAAGGUGGCGCGUUGAACACGACAUGGUGUGCCACAACUGCAAAGGACCAUCUGGAGAAUGGCGCGUUUUACAUGCCUGUAGGAAAGAAGGGCUCGGGAAGUGGACACGCGAGAGAUGAGGGGCUGCGGAAGAAGUUGUGGGAGUGGACUGAGGAGGAGUUGAAGAAGCACGGGUAUUGA